AUGUCCGCGCGCCGGCGUCCGCCAGCGGGGUCGCGCACCGAACUCCCUCCGCUGAAGAUCGUCCGCAAGAUCCUCUUGCUGCAGCUCGCAUACUAUGCCUGCGCCACGGUGCUCAUCUUGUUCACAACAGUUGUCUAUGGUGCACCGUUCUCGCUAGACCUGGUCUUCGGCUGGGACUCCCUACGCGGUGAUACGACCAUUGGAUGGAUGUUGGGGUUGUAUUAUGAUCAGCUGGCUAACUAUGAUUCCCCCUCGGGGAUAAUCAGUGUCAUAUUCCUACUUGUUUUCGUAUCCCGCUCAAAGCUGGUCCCGGAUUUCGCUCUAACGAUCCACUUCCUCCACCUUAUCGCCACUACUUUGUACUCGCACUCUCUCCCUUCAAACCUACUUUGGUGGGGACUUCAAUUCGCCAGUGCAGCUAUGAUGACCUUCCUUGGCAUGUGGGCAUGCCAAAGACGGGAACUGGAGCCUAUCAAAUUUGGUGGGCAUGGUGUCCGCACCCAAGUCGCCUCGUCGUCACAGGCAUCUGCAGGUGAUGAGCAGCAGGAGUCGAGCUUUGGCCGCGGCCGUGGUCGAGAACGCAGCGUGCAAGAAUAUGAAUUGGAUGAUAUGAAGCACACGGGCGAGCAUGCUGUAUGA